AUGGCGAAGAGUUUAUUCAAGCAAGAACACGAUCUUGAAAAGAGGCGUGCUGAGGCUGCUAGAAUUAGGGAGAAAUAUUCAGAUAGGAUUCCGGUGAUUGUGGAGAAGGCAGAGAGAAGUGAUAUUCCUAAUAUUGACAAGAAAAAGUAUCUCGUCCCAGCUGACUUGACUGUAGGACAAUUUGUCUACGUGAUUCGCAAGAGGAUCAAACUGAGUGCUGAGAAAGCAAUUUUCAUAUUCGUUGACAAUGUCCUCCCUCCAACAGGUGCCAUUAUGUCUGCCAUAUAUGAUGAGAAAAAGGAUGAAGAUGGUUUCCUUUAUGUAACGUACAGUGGAGAGAACACAUUUGGGAACCAUUUCAUGCUGUAA